AUGGUACUGGAGGAUUUUAAUACACUACCCCUAAUAAAAUCCAUAAGAGAAGAUAACUUUGAAAAUGUUCUGAAGUUUCUUGAAACGAACUACAAAGAAUAUGAAGUUAAUGCUAAUGGAGAACACAAUAAUAAAAUUGAAAUCAUUGAUAAACAGACACAAUCAACUCCUUUGUUUUAUGUAACAGCAAGGAAAAAUGAUAAUGAAUCAGUAGAAAUAUGUAAAUUACUUAUUGAAAGAUUUGCAAUUUGUAAUCCAGUCACCAAAGAUUUAAUGAAACAAACAUGUUUAUUUUAUGCUGCUAGAGAAGGACAUACAAGCUUAUGUACAUAUUUAAUUGAUAAGGGUUGUAACCCAAAUGAUGCAGAUAAUUUUGGACAAACAUGUUUAUUUUAUGCUUCAAGAGAAGGGAAAACGGAAUGUGUUGAGGCCUUAAUAAAAAAAGGUGCAAACCCAAAUUUGUUAGAUUUAAAUAAACAAACCUGCCUCUUUUAUGCAUGUAGGGAUGGUAGAUUUGACACUGUCAAAUGUUUGUUAGAAAACGGGGUUAAUCCUUCUAUUAAGGACGCGCAAAGACGAACAGCCUUAACAUUUGCCAAAGGAAAUGGACACAACAAUAUUAUCAACUUACUCAAAAAUGCGGGAUCAUCCAGAACUCAAGGUGGGAAGGUGAAAAGCGAAAGUAACGAAACUCUGAAUGAUCAAGGGGAUCCUAAUAAUAAUAUGAAUGCUCAGAGGAAGAAAUACAAACUACAAUAUAAGCCACUGGAAGAAGAAGAUCCAGACUUGUGGGUAGAUGCACCAUUAAUAAAACUAAAAGAGUUUGAGAGAAAGUUCCCGGAUAUCGCUUUAUGGCCAAAAAAUGUGACAAGCAUAGCUAACCAAGAAGUAAAUCAUGCAAAUGAUCCUUUCAAUAAGCAGUGGUAUACAGUGGCUAACCAAGUAAUUCAAAGCUUAAGUAAAUACGAAGGAGGACAUAUAUUUGAAAAAUUAGUAGAUGCAAAAAAACAGAAUUGUCCAGAUUAUUAUGAUGUUAUUAAGAGCCCAAUGUCCUUUAGUUGUGUAAAAGCGAAAUUAAAGAAAGGUCAAUAUAUGUGUCCAACUGAAUUUGUUAAAGAUGUGCAAUUAAUUUUUAAUAAUUGUAGUUUGUACAAUACAGCAGGAACACUUGUUGCUAUUACGGGAAAGAACAUUGAAGCUUAUUUCAACAAUCAACUAAUAGUGACAGGGUAUAAUAACUUUAUUUCAAAAGCAAAGACAAUAAAUGAACGUUUGCAAAAAGUUGAAGAAGAAAAUAUUAAGUGGAUUGAGGAACAUGAACAAAAGGUUAAGGAAGAAUCAUUAGGUGAAGAGAACACUGAUCAGCAGGUAGAUGAAACAAACGCAUGA